AAGAACUAUGGGAAUCAUAUAUGAAGUACCUACGGUUAGUUUAGGCACAACCGCUGGCCGGUCGAACAAUAACCCACGUGAAAAAAUGGCUUCUGCUUCUGGCCGUUCAGUCUUUCAGUGAUGUUCGCUGUUGAUCAAGAUUAGGAUGUCUAGAAAGAAAGAUAAACGGCAGGUUGAGCAUGAAGAAUGCGUUGAGACACUCCCUAAAGUGAGAAAAAAGCAAAUGAUUGGUGAGAACUCGGAUGAUGAAGCUGAGAAAACUUUAGAGAGACUUGUGUUCGGUCGUGAAACUGAUGCCAUCAGGGAACUAGAAAAGUUGGAAAACGAAGUUUCUGUGGUCGAUGAUAGUGCAAGUGAGGAGGUAUUAGUGUGCCCAAUGAAUCACUUAGUUUGUAAAAUGUUGAUUACGAAAAUAAUGUCUUUUAGUAUGGCAGGGCUGUCAUUAAGAGGCAGGGGCCAGGGAUUUCCGAUUCCCCGGCUACUAUGAAGGGGGCCCCCGGCUACUUUCAUAGGAAGAUAGGAGAAAAAUAGAACCAAAGGAAAUCCCUAGCUGUUUAAUCUCCCCCCCCCAACCCCUACUUGUUGUAUUUACCCAGCAACUUGAAAUCUUAGUGACAACCCUGAGUUAUGUUAAUUUAUAGUGAUGGAGAGUGGCUUUAUUUCCCAGGCGGGUUGCACUCCCAUAUAUGGGUUAGAUAGGUACAUGUAUGUGCCGCCCUAUAGGGUAUUAGUGGUUUUUGAGGGUCUCGAACCUUAAAUUAGGUAUUAUUUUUGCCCAAAUUGGCAUUGUGUCCCCUCUGGGAUCCUUAGGGGGUGUUUACAUGAGAAAACUCGCACCAGAGCGCAUUUCAUAAUGGCAUGACUUUUUGAUUUCAUAUCAUGUUUACAUGAUGAUGGGCUAUUUCAUAUCUUGGUUAUUUGAAGGUUCAUUCCAUGUUGAUAAAAUGCACAUGUGAUUCAAAAUCGCAAACAUUGUGCAUGCACUACCCGUUCUAGUCCUCUGGCAGACCGAUUUCACACCAAAACGGGUGCUUGUUUCGUGUUUACAUGAGACCAUUGCAAGAUUUCGUACUGCAGUGAAAUUCUUGCUCUGGUACAACAACUCGGGUGAACUCACUCAGGGGUGACUUGGUGGUAUCAUGUAGACAAAUGCAGAGCCAUGAGAGGGAACCAGAGUGAACUUGCACCAGCGUAAAAGUCGCCCCAGUGUCAUGUAAACACCCCCUUAGAUAGGGUCCCAAAUUACAUCAGCUAAAAUUAAUUUAAGUGCGUAAAAACCUGAUAGAUGAGAAACAAUACAUCAGUACAUCAGACUGAAUAAUUAUUAGUCUUAGACUAUUAGGAAAGCAAUUUAAUAUUCUUAGGUUUUGUUUUUCUCUUGGAUAGGGUGUCAUUUUGUAGGGUGUAAGUUCUUGUUUGCAAUUGAGUUCUAAAGUGAUGAUGUCAUAAAAAUUAAUUUUUUUUGUGCCAAAAACUAUCAUUGUGGGGCAAAUUGUCUCAGAGAUACUAGUCUCGUUUUGCUCUGUUGACUCCAUACAAAUCUUUCUAAAUUUGACUCAGUUCCACAUGCUGUGAACUGAGUCAAAUUUAGAAGGAUUUAUAUGGAGUCAUCAGGGCAUAACCGGGCUAGUAUUUCAAAGACAAUGUGCCCUCAAAUACUAAUUUUUGGCAAGUAGGCUUGUUCUUUCAUAAAUUAUACCCCAAAAAGUCCCACAAAUUCAGUUUUUUAUGACAUCAAACUUAAGCUUUAGGACUCUAUUGCCUUGUCCUUAAAUAGGGUCAGGGGUUAAGGAGGCUCGCACCAAUUUUUCAAGGUCUCACUCCUUCGCAUUUGAUGCUCCCUAACUAAUUUGGCUGUAAUGCAGGUACAAAAAAGCCUUAAAGUGAAACAACAUAACCCUAAAUGAUUUAACUAAUAAACAAUGACCUUUACAAAGCCAGGCACAAAGAUUCACCAUAAAUUUAGUGUAGUUUAGGUAACUUAGAGAUUUUCAAUGGCUUUUAAAUUGCACUAAAAUGCUUAAUAGCAAUGAUUAAAGUCUCAAAGAAUUCCAAUGACAAAAAAAAUUAUCAAGUAAUUUUUUAACUGCGGCUUUAAAACCAAGAUGACACCUUUUUGCGCUUACAUGAGCAAAUAUAUCUUAUGAGUGGGAAUAGCAAAAUGUGUGAUCGCAGAGAGCGAUUGCUUGCCAAUUUUACAAAUGCAACUAUUAAAAGAACUGAACCGCACCUUAAGUUAGAUAUUAUAUAAAUAUCGUAAUUAUUUGGCUAUAAGCCAAUCUUGGGUAUAAGCCGAGACCCUAAACUUUAAACUCGUAGAAUCAUCAUAACCGAGAACGAAAGAUAAAUCCAAAACACUUGCCUACAAGCCGAGAGCCAUUCGUUACAAGACUUUUAACUACUGUAAAACUUAACAAUUUCAAAAAGAAAUGUGGCCUUCUCUAGGAAAAUGUACAAUUGGGUCUUUCCUCAUGUCUUCAAACUCUUGACUAUAAGGCGAAACCCCCUCUUUGGCUCAAAUUUCACUGAACUUUAGCUUUAAUUUGUGUAAAAUUCGCUUGGCUCAUAGCCGAAUAAGUACAGUAUAGAUUGUACCAGCACUGUAAAUCAUCAUUUUUGAUGGUUAAAAAACAGAAAGUGAAAAAGGCGUUAAUUGGGAUGCAGAAUUUUUAGAACAUUUUAUUUCAAAAACGCUCUCAUGGACUUUUUUUCAAAUCUUGUGAAGAUAAAGACAAAGGUCUAGACUAUUAGCAGACCAUAGGUAGAGGAUUUUAACAAAUUAUUGCUUGAUUUUGAGAAAAUUCCCAAUUUGUAGAUUCCAUGUCAUUAUUCUGUUGUUUAUUAUGAUUCCAUCAUUAUUCUGUUGCUACGGAAGUGGCAAUGCCAACAAAACAUGGGUUGACCAUUAACGAGGGAGUUUGUGACUCAGGACACAGAAAAGUGUCCAUUGUCCGUAAGCUGGUAUCAAUAUUAAGCAGGUCAAUUUUAGAAAAAAUGUAGAAGCUUUUCAUUGGGCAAACAAAACGGUCUGUUAUGUACAGGUGUCCGUAGAGUGACUGGGUUCCACUGUAGUGGAUAUAGUUGCUUGAUACAAAGUAAAAACAUUAAAAAGGUUUCACAAGGGGUGUAUAACAUACAUGUACAUUUACUUCAUAGCACAAAAUAGUGACAGUUGCUCCAUGACAAGUGCAGUGCAUGCUAUGUUAAUGUGUUCUUUUCUAUACCAUAAGGAUGAUGAAGUUGUUGAUGAAUUGCACUAUGAGAUAAAGAAGAUUGAGGGUCGACAGCCUGCCUGGGAAGAUGAUGCUGAUGAUGAGGAGAGGUACAUUGUUACCCAUGAAUUGUGUUGCUCCUUUGCUUCUAAAUACAGACAUGCCAGCUAGUAAUCAAGAUAUGAUUUUAACAGUGAUUAUCACUAAUAUAAUAAUAAUAAUAAUAAUAAUAAUAAUAAUAAUAAUAAUAAUGAAAAUAAUAAUUAGUUCUGGUCAUUUGCUAUCUAUGACUGAAUUCUUGACUGAUCACAAUGAGCGAUUCCAGAAAAUAUCCAUACUAUACCACAGACGGCUUUUAGGAUUUCCGAAGGGGAGGGGGGGUUCACAAUUAUGGAAUUCUAAGGGCAUGGGGGGUAUUUACGAUUGGAAAUCCGAAGGCAUGGGGGAAUUCCACAGGUGGGAUUUCUGGAGUAGAAAGUGUAGAGUGAGUUACUUGAAAACGCAUUUUGGAAUUUCCAAAGGCAAGGGGGAGUUAAGACACGGAAGCCGUCCGUGGUUGGGUAUGGAUAUUUUCUGGAAUUGCCCAAUUCAAUAAGUGUAAUAGAUAUUACAGUAUGUGCUUCUGAAUAGAUUUCAGCAAAUCAGAAAGGUAUGCUGGCAGAUUCAUGCAGAGUUAGCCUCAAUAUAAAGCAAAAUACUGGUAUCCACAAUUUCUGCAAAAUAAGUGUUUGAAAUUAUAAAAUACCCAAAAAAGUUUUAUUCAGGGUUCAUAGCAAACUCGAAUCUGGACUAUCAGGCCUAAUAUAUUAAACCCAAACUUUAAGUUUGCAUAAAUUUUGGAAAUAUCAAAAGUUGAAGUUGUUGAUUUAUUUUAUUUAUUUUAUUUUGAAUAAUAUUUAGUCGGGGGUGCCCAGUUCAGCGAGGCUGGUUUGAAAUAGGGCCCCGAUGAAAAGAAAAAACAACACAAAAAACAAUAACAGAUAAAAAAAGUGGAACAACUAAGUAUAGCAAAAGUAUUGGAGGCUCAAUUUGGCUUGGAUCUAAAUAGUGCCUUUUUAGGCCAAACCCAAACCUAUUUAAAUAAUGCUCACUCCUCUUGCAGGGCCAGAGGAAGCGUGUUCCAGAUCUUGGCUCUGCUACAGCUGUAGCGGCAGAUGGAGCAAAUCUCUGUAACGCGUGUUGAAUGGAAAUUGCGCAUGCAGCUAAAUUGAUUAAGUAAAUCUGCUGGAGCCAGGCCAUGAAGGCUCUUAAAGACUAGCAUGCACUUUAGAUAAAGAUUGAUUAAUAAUAAUUAUUGUAGAAGGCAUUAAAGAUAAUCAUUUGAAUUUAAUGAAAUAAUUGUUUGUACACGUACUGGCGUUGUUUUCAUUCAUUGUAAUAAUUUUUUUUUAUAUACUUACUGGUAGGUACUGUAGUACAUGUACUUGCUUAUAAUAAUAUACCUUAAAUACAUGUAUGUUAUGUUAACUAAUGUGUUGGCCCUUUUAAUUUGUAGAAUUGAGAUUUCGUCAGAAUCGCGUUUAAAAAAGUUGCGAGAUGGAGCAGAUGAGACAGUUGUUACUGGAAAGAAGUUUACGCAAAAGCUAAAAAGACAGUGAGUUGCUUCAGCUAAACGUUUUUUUGUUGUUCCAAAAAAUAACAAGUCAUUGUCCUUUACCACAUGCAAAUCCCCUUUUUUUCUUGGGAAUCUUUGCACUGCACAUUGCUCUAAAAAUUCAAUUUUUCUAAAAUAACAAAUUAUUGUCCCUGGAAUGCUUACCAUUCUGAAAUAGUUCAGUCCCUUUAUACCUGUAAAAUAAUGAAAGUACAAGAAGGGAGGACAGUGGACAAACAAGCAGAGGCUGCCGUCCAAACGUGAACUGCAAGCUGCAAACUGCAAAUGUGACUGUGAGACCAUGUAUGGUCACCUGACGAGUGUUUGCUGUUAACCACAAAAAACCUGAUGCUAAAGGUCUCCAUUGACUCUAGAAAUUGAAACCUGUAAAUGGGCUGCUACCGAAAAGUAUUGUACAUUAAAACAAUUUUUUUUUUGCUGCGUGUUUGCUAGACAUUAAUUUUUUUCUUAAUCAACCAGCCCUCCACUCAAAAGGAGGAUUCUAUUUUAAAAUUUAGCCAAGCAGAUGCUUCUUUAACAAGUCUACGAGUCCUGAGCUUCUGUGUUCAUAUGAUCAGAGAUAGGAUUUAGAAAAGGAGAUCUGAAAAUAUAUUGACCCCGGUUGUGUUGCAUAAGCACAUAGAUUUGUGAUUGCCAUUUUUAGGAGUCAUUUAAGGUGAUGGUAUAUGCAAAUUGCCAUGUUCUAGUUUGCUUUUAACUGCUUCGUUGAUUCUGUGAUUGUUACAAGGGCCUCGCAUUCUACACUAAUGUACUGAUAAUGAUUGUAAUAAACAUCUGUAAUCAGUUUACAAGUAUACUUUUUCCAACUUUACUGACAGGUUUGAAAGAAUAUAUGGUGAUGCAAGCUGGGCAGAUCUGGAUAAAAAGGCCAGAAAAGGUGCUAAUUAAUAUUGUACCAUUUGUUUGCCUAGGUCUGUUCCACUUCUGAGGUUCUCCUUAUGUUAGAUAUAGGUUGCCAGUCAUAUUCAUCUAUAGACCACAACAUAAAUUUUAAAUAUACUUACAUUCUAGUAUCCUAUGUAUUGUAAGUACAGUAGAUUUACCCUGCAAGCAGAGGUCUGGUUUCUCUCUUGCAUGGUGUAGCGUUUUGCGAAGUCAUUUGCAUUGCUUGUCAUGCUCAGUGGCAUUGUCGGUUUGUUUAUAGGCUUCUGGGGCAUAUAAACAAACCAACUAUGUGACUGACAAGCAACGCAGACAACUAAGUAAAUGCUAAAAGCCAUGCAAGAGAGAAACCUCUGCUCACAGGGUACAGUUGAUUAUAAUUUAGGCUGUUAAUAUUUUAGGAUAACUCAUCUUAUAUCUUAUACUUAUCCAAAGUCUUAUGGGUUUCUUUAGCGACUCAUUAUUUAACAAUUAAUGAAUGAGGCUGAGUAUCUUAUGAAGAAUUAUGGAGAUCGAGGAGGGUGUUAUCCGUCGAGGCCGUAGGCCGAGGCGGAUAACACCCUCUGAGAUCUCCAUAAUUCUUCAUAUGAUACGAAAGCUGAAUUCAAUAAUUGUUUUAUUAUUCAUUCAAAAUAAUUCCUAGUUUGAAAACAAAGCUAAAACAUGCUUACCUUCAUCGAUGUUAAGUUCACCUUCGAUAGUGCACGUUUAGGAUUGUUCCGCUCCGCAAAUAUUCUCCAAAUAGCAGAUGUAGCCCUUCGAGUUGUGUUCUUGCAGUUCUUGCCAUGUUUUUAGCUAUAAUUUCGCCUAGUUCUUACUCUUGAAACGAGUGAAAUGUCCGCCAUUUUUUGUUUUCACAGCCAAAACAACUCAAUCUAGUCCCCAGGUCUUCUCGGUUAACGGUGCCUUAACCUGCAAGAACGCUGCAUUUUUGACGUCAUUUCCUCGUUAAACCCAAAAUUCUUCUAAAUUUGGUCAUCAGUAACUGGUUAUGGUAAAUUAUGCGUGUGCUUUUAGCCAAUCAGAAUCGGGGAAAUAUUUUGAAUGAAUAAUAAAAACAUAUUAAUAACUGUAUCUUUUACAUUAAUCACACUUUCAUUACCCCUGUUCUAUAAUUAUUAUUUUGAUUAACUUUAAAAAGAGUAAAGUUUAUUGGAAGAGCCAUGCCAGUGGGUCAGGUAGUGAAUGACUAGAAAUGUGCAUCUUGUGAAACACAACAAAGCUCACGCGGGAGGGCGUGUUGAAGUGCAUGUAGUGCAAUGAUAUGUACAGUGCACACAUGAUCCAAAGGGAGAAAAAGCCAAGAAAAGGAAAAAAGGGGGGAAAAUGAUAUCAUGUACUGUAUUUAGGAAUCAAACCUAGGAGUGAACACCUGCAAGGCAACAGGCCAUGUAAUGAUGUUUCAGACUCAGGAAGAUUGUACAUAAAGAAAAGUAUUCUCUUUGACUUGUUCAACCCCUGAAAUUCUUGUCAAAAAUGCCAUGUUAAACAAGUGACCUGUUUUCUAGUCACUAUGAUCUGUUUUUGGUUACUUUUGUGUGCAGAUCUUCUCUAAAAAGAUUUUCUAAAAAUCAGAUGUUUCAAGCCCAUCCCUGUUGCUAAAUUGGCAACUUCCACCACGAAAACUGAAGUUUUAAUCACAAAAGAUCAAAAUGAUUGCUUGAGCAAUGCUCAUCAUUAUACUUCCUUACACAGAAGUCAGUCUUUCUUACAUUAUGUUAAACCAGCAUCACGUGACAUAACAUGAUUGAAUAGUGUUAUCAAUAUUGUUGUGUCUGGUUUCUAAUUAAUUAGAUUCUGAAAGUGAUGAUGAUGAAGAGGAGGAGAAUUCAGUUCUUAAACGAGCAGGAAACCUUCUCACUGGGAAAUCAGACAACCUUCCUCGUGGAUUCCUUGAUAUUGCUAGAACUAAAGAUGCAAACAUUGAUAAACCUUCCAAUGUGAGUGCAGAGAUAGCCAACUGUUUACAAUUUGUAAAGAAAAUAUCCAGACUCACUAGACACCAGUUCUUCAGUUCAGAUUACAGGUAGCUGCUGGGUAUUCCAGCUGUUUCAUUCACCACUUUAGAAACUAGAAGGAAACUGGUGCCAAAAUGUGUCUCGCAAUUUUUUCUGGGAUCAUUUGUGGGGACGCACCAAUCAGCUAUUGACCAAUUUUUUCCCUUUUCCCUAGUAACAGCCCCAUAAGUCUUUGUAAAAGUUAACUCGGCCCAGUUUUUUUUGUUGUUUCUAAAGUGGUGAAUUGAGGCCUUGGGAUGAUGUUAUUAAGUAAAAAUGUUAAACAAGUUCCCUGCAAUCAAGUGAGUGAACAGGUAAUGAUUAACUUGACAUUCUUCAAGAAAUAAUUAUUAAUUUUAAGUUUACUCAAGCCAGGGAAGCUAAAGUUUUAAGCAGAGCUGUCAUUAAGAGCCAGGGGCCGGGCAUUUCCUGUGGCUACUAUGAAUGUGGCCUACAGCUACUUUCGUAGGAAAAUAGAAGAAAAAUAGAACCAAAAGAAAUCCUUAACUCUUUUAUUCCCUGCCCACUUGUUGCAUUUACCCGGCAACUUGAAAUCUUAAUGACAACCCCGUUUGACCCUUUACUUUGAAACACAAAAUGAUAAAUAUGCUUUCAAAAUGUACUCAAUGUAGGAGGGUUCAUGUUCAUGUAGAUAAUGGUGGAUUGAAAUUAUGUUUGUCCUGGGCUGGGUUGUUCAAAGCUGGGUUAUUAAGGUAAUCCAAAGUUAGUGUGAAAUGUGAAUUAGGAUAUGGAGGCUUCAAAAGCAAAACAAUUCAGUUUAAUUCUAUCAUAGAAUUUUUGGCUAUGAUUUGAUGAGUGGAUGCCCUAAAAAUAAUAGAGAUUUAGAAUUAUCCAAGAAAAUGCUUUUGAACAAAAGAAAAAGAACCCUAGAUUAAAAUAAUAUUUAACCGCAGGCUUAGUGCUUGAUAGCCUUUGAACAACAGGCCCCAUAUUACUGCACCAUUUUUAACAUCAUUCAAGAACAAAUAGCCCACAUUUGAUAUAUUAAAAAUUAAUUCUAACAUGACUUUGAGGCUUUGGGGUCAGAACUGCAAAUUUUUCGUGACCUUAUUGUCUUGCAAUUCCCAGGGACUUGCAUGAGCUCAAAGAAAACCAAACUAGAUAUAGAAAAAUGACCAGAAAGCCUCACAGUCUUGUUAGAAUUUUAAUAAUAAUUAUUAUAUAUACUAGAACCAGCAGCUCACUUUUUAAGGAAAGAUUUGUAUUUAAUUUAUUUUUAGUAUUUACAUUGAUCAUUGAUUUUAAUGCUAGGGCUGAGCUGUUUGAAGCUUGUCUUAUUGGCUCUAAUCCUUACUUAACUGUUUGUAACAACUCACCUUUAUAGCUAUUCUUGUCUCCAUUAACCAAUACAAUAAAAUAAUUUUAAUUAACUCUCCCAAAGGGCUAUUCUGAAGUUAAUUUACAAAUGCUAAAAAAGAAGGGGAUAAGAAGAAAAAGCUUAAAUUGAUUACAAUCUUGGUACAAAACUAAAAGCCUAAACUAUGUACGUAAAAUUACGUUAUCUCUUUGGAGAUCUAAACUAAAUCAAAUAUUAACUAUUUAACGUAUGGGGUCUGCUCCUGCAAUUCGUGUUUGAUGCUCCUGUUAAAGGUACUUAGUGACGGGCUAUUUCUAGUGUCUGCGGUCAGAGUUCCAGGCACUUAUAGUGUGAUAGUAAAAUGACGGUUUCGCGGUAACUGUUCUGCAUAGAGGGAGAUUUAGAUUGUCGUGUCGUGUCGUAGUGGUGUGCGUCUGAUCGCUUACUGAGUUUACUACUCAUAAGUACAACGGAGCGAGGAUAAAGGACUGUGACUGUGAUAAAGGAUGGUGGAGUGUGUUAUCCCAUGCAUACAUGUUUAACUAGUACAGUGCUGAUAAAUGGCUAGAUUGUUGUUUUCAUUUGCCUUCCAUGUACUUGUCUGUCUUGUUGUGAGUAUUUGACUUGCGAUAAGAGCCACUUACAUGUAGUGUCUUUAUUUCAUUAUGCAUGCUUUGAUGUCGCUUAAGGUACGUGACUUUUUCAUCUAUUUUUUUUCCUAGGCUGCCCUUCAAUGUGUUGAGUUUCAUCCCAGUGCCAAGGUCCUCCUUACAGCUGGCUUCAAUAAAACUUUAGAUUUGUUCCAGGUACAAAAUUUGCAGAUCUAGUUGCUUACAUGCCCCCGUUGUAACAUAGUUCCCAGGAAAAGCCAAACACUGCACUGCACACAUUAAAUGUCCAUUUCAGUUGGGUCAAACAUGCAUCUGAUGUAGACUUUGCCUGGACACAGAAGCUUAGGAUUUGCAUGAGUGUCGCUACUAUACCUCUAUGCAUGGUACACGCUUGUGUACCUGAAAAACCAAGUGAGAAAGCAAUAACAAAAAUGAACUAAAAAGCAAAUGAAUUUUAAAACCAAUUGCGCUUGAAAAAUUAAUACAUUGACUUUUUUCGACCUCGUAAAUGUCAGUUUUUAGAGAAGUGAGAUGACUCAUUUGUGGACUGAAUCUUGAAUGAUAUAAUUAUUUUGAGAAAAAAUAGGAAAAUAGCAGGCAUAUAGUAAGCUGGAGGGUGAAAACAUAAGUGCAUUGCUUUCACCUCAGCCUCUAUUCACAGUCAGGAUGAAGUAGGGCAUGAUAACAUCAAGACAGAGUACUGCUAAGGGCCAUAAACAAUGGCACAUUAGGGUGGUAACCAUGAGAACCCUUUAAGAGGGACCCUUUAAAGCAUUCACUGAUAGGCCCUCUCUUAAUAACACUAACAGUCAAUUUUGCUGCCUUCCUUUUCGCCCACAUGUAGAUAUGUAAGCAGUCUAAGCAGGGAGAUAUGUAUUGUAUUCGUACUAAAAGUAUUCGGCACGAUCUUGCUUCCUUUCUUUCCACAGAUAGAUGGGCAGAACAACCCAAAACUUCAAAGUAUUUUUCUUGAACGCUUUCCUAUCCACUCAGCUCACUUCACGGCUGAUGGGGAACAAGUGAUUUUAGCCUCGCAGAGACGAUCGCUUUAUGUCUAUGACAUGAUCAAAGGAAGUGUAAUUAAAAUUCCUCGAAUAAGAGGUAUUUUAUUUUUGUUAUGAUAUAUAUUAUCAAUAAUAAUAAUAGUAAUUAUUGUUAUUUUAUUAUUAUUAUUAUUAUUAUUAUUAUUAUUUAUAACUAUUAUAGAGCUCCACUUCAUGAUCAUCAUCAUCAUCAUCAUCAUCACCAUCAUCAUAUUUGUCCCUGAAGUGCCACCCUGCCUUUCUUCCCUUUGCUUCUUUGCUCAUAUGGUUAUUGGAAAUCAUGCAUUGCACGCGCAUCCUACAGAUUAGUCAUUUAUCUGCUAGCAGAUAACUAACUAAUUUGUAGGUUGCGCUGAUUUUCAAAAUUAACUGUAGGCUCUUAGCCAAUGAGAAGACAUAUAGUGAGUACAACUUUUCCAGCCACUUAUCCAAGUUCUUUGUCACUUUUCCCAAUGAUCGUAUAACAAUCGGUAUCACGCGCACAGUUCUCAUGUUCCACAUCCUUGCAAUUUGUCUUUUAAGCUCCUGAUACUUUUCAACCUUCUCAUUCUCCUUUUCACCAAUUCUCUUAUCCCCUGCCACAGCAGUAUCGACAAUGGCAAACUUUCUCUCCUGUUCUCUCCAAUGUCCGGUCUUCUAGCUUCAAUGACAUGAUCACGUUGAAUGUUCAUAUCCCACAGUAGUUUAACCUCAUUGUUUUCACUUACACUGUCAGGCACGUUUUCUUACUACUUAUCCUUCUUUUCCAAAUGAUAUUUCUCACUUAGCUUCUAACGAACUACUUUUGCACUAGUGGCAUGUUUCUGUUUAUAUUCCCUUUUCACGCUCAAAGACAAUACGGUUUACACUCUCACCUUUCUCGGCACAUAACCUACAUAAGGGGGAUUCCGCCGUCUUGUCAGUAUGAUAUUCGUUCCAUAGUUGGUCCUGAGAGCCUGUUCCUGGCCUUCAUAAAUGAGUGCUUUUUCGUAACCAGCUCCAAGUUUCUCUUACAUGUGUUGUUUCGGGUAGUUCUCUGAAAAAUUGACCGUGAAGCCUUUUUCCUUUCAAACUAUCGAGUUUCUCAUUGUUCCAAGAUGUCUUGAAUUCAUCUUUGCUGACAGUUUUCUCACUUUUAAUUAUUUCAGCAGUACCUAACCCCUUGCAGUAGAACGUCCAAAGAAUUCCUCACAUACCACCCCAAACUGUUUUCUUCACCUCUCACCCCCCCCCACAGGUUAUUAGUCCCCGACCUCCAUCCUCUGUUGAUACAAACAACCCGUCAACAUCGCUCUUUGGAUGGAAAGCACCAUUCAAUGUCAACACCUUUCUGGACAUUCUAUCCAAUGUUUUCAGUUCUUCCUUUGUCCGUCUUAUAAUGCCUGCUCCAUACCUCAGCACUGACACUGUCCAUUUGUUAAUCGCUAUAACCUUAUUCUUUCCACUCAAUUUUGAUUUCGACAUUAGUUUCAGCCUUCUGUUGUACUCUCAUCAUCAUCAUCAUCAUUAUGAUCAUCAUCAUCAUCAUCGUCAUCAACAUCAUCGUCAUGAUGAUGAUGAUGGUGAUGAUUAUUAUUAUUAUCCCGCGGUGGUUGCCAUUCGUGUCCGAAGAAGACUGCGUGUUGUGUGAUCAUCUAUGGAUUCUCUGGUGGCUCUUCAAACUCAGUCUGGAAGCGCAGAGCCUGGAAGUGGUGGGGCACUGGAACUCCGUUGUUUUGAUAUCAGCAGGGGAUGCUCUGUGGCGUCUUUCAUCGGCUGCCAUGACACACUGCUGUGUUUGACUUCGGUCGUCCUCGAAACUGGUGGAGGCUAACACGGUCUUUCCAGUGGAUGACAAGCAUGGAACGGCGGAGGGCACUCAUGUGAAAGUUCUCCAGCUGUUUGAAAUGCCUGCGGUACAGUGUCCAAGUCUCAUCCAUACAGGAGAGAGGUCAAGACUACAGCUCUUUAGACUUUCAGCUUCGUAGAGAGGCAAAUGUUAUGGUGAUUGAGCACCUUUGUGCGCGGCGUCCCUAGUGCUUGGCUAGCUUUGCUGAUCCUGGACGUGAUGUCUUUUAUCCAGAGAUGAUGAUGAUUAUGUUGCUGCUGCUGCUGAUGAUGAUGAUGAUUAUUAUUCUUAUCGUUAUAAUUUCAUUUUAUGUUUCAUACAUCUUCAGGUAGAGAAGAAAAACAUUUUGAUAAGUUUGUUGUUUCCCCCGAUGGCAAGCAUCUCGUGUUUCUUGGCAGCAAUGGGUAUUUAAUUCUUCUUUCAAGCAAGGUUAGUUGAUGCCUUGAAAACACGCUAUUUUAGUUUGUUUAGUACUAGGUAAUACUAUUGUUCACUGCAGCAGGUUAUCAGAAACUCCUCUGUUUUUUAUUGAAUAAGUUUAUGAGAAAAAAAAAGUACAUGUAGAGUCACACGUAGUAGUCAAUCGUAUACCUUGUCUUGUCUCUGUAGCCAAUAAAAAUACAGAAAAUAGAAAACAAAAACGCUAUUGAUAUUUUUGUGCUGUGAAUGCUAUGAAUGUGGCUUGUUCCAUCUUCUUCCUCUAGCGAGAGUCCUUGGACCGUCUGAGACGUUACUCGCAGGCAAAUCUGGUGCACCAAUUAAUCACUUUAAUUAAACCCCCUUUUCUGACUUACUGUUCGUCUGAAGUUCUUCGGUCAAGUCGGCCGAUGUUUCGCCAUUCAUCUUCAGUGUUGUACCCGACAUGGACCCUGUUUGUCCCCUUCUUUCCUCCCACUUAAUUACUUGUAGGUCAUGAUGUUCAUUUUCUUGUAAACUAGAAGAGCGUUUUACCGUUUGUCGUAUCAAGAUACGAGAAAUACAGCGAUUUUGUCACAUCUGUAAAAAGUUUGUGACCAUUUGUGACCACCGAGAUCAUCAUCAGGAUCAACUUGCCCACCUGCCCUUUUUAAGAUCCUUUCAUAAAUUCUUUAUCGAUCAAGUGAUGAACGAUGCUCCAUCAAAACGGCUAGGCAUCAUUAUGUUCCAGGACUUCGUUCCUGUCAAUAAAACGAAAGAACAAAAAAUGCAUAUUUGUCUAGCCAUCUUCUCGACAUUCUUUCUAAUUAUAACGAUAGUUUUUACAUUUGAUUGCAAUUUUGUCGUCUUGAAAAAUAUUACUGUCAGUGCUAUACCAUGGCGUUUCAAACCUGGGCUAACGUAAAUGUUUAUGAUUUUUCUAUUUGCUUCGUCUUUGCAGACAAAACAGUGGGUUGAUAACCUUAAGAUGAAUGGGUCAGUCGACGCGGUAGCAUUCAACGCUGACGGAUCUCGCAUGUUUAGUGCCGGAGGUACAGCCCAUGUACUUUUAUCAGUUUGAAUAAAAAUCAUUGGUUAUCCUUGGCUAAUAGAGAUUUUUUGUACUACGUAUAUUUAGUAGAAGUGUUGUCAGUGUAUGUAUUUUCCGUACCGACAGGCGACGGAGAGGUGUAUGUGUGGAAUAUGAACACACGCAGUUGUGUGCACAAGUUUAGAGAUGAAGGGUGUCUCAAUUCUACUACCCUGGCAGCAUCUGCAGAUGGCCAGUAUCUGGCCUGUGGGUAAGUGUUCAGUAAUUAACAUGUAUCUGAUGUCUGAAUUAUGGAAGGAAAUCAAGGGUUCAUCAACUCCCGUCCCACGUUCUGUCACGCUCCUUGAAUUGAAGCCACGAAGCUAUCAAAAAUCAUUAUUUUCGUCAAGGUCUUUAAGAACAUUAUGCACCAGCUAUUGCCGGUUUUUAGGAUAAGGAACACUGUUUUGAUCACUUAGCUGAGCUUCGUGGCGCCCCACGCAACCUACCCCUGCCUGGGGUAGUAAGCACCCCCCAACUCUUAGAAGCGGGUUGUGACUAGAAUGGAUACCCCAAAAUCAGGUUAAACACCUUAUGUUUAUUACACGACGCUAUACUCUUCAUCACGCUAUACCAUAUUUAGGCGAAUUUACUGGGCACGAGAUGUUUUAGAAAAGUGGGGAAAUCAGAGUAAGAGACAGUUGUGCAAGGAAAAGAGUUGAAUACAGGGUUUAGCACCGAAGUACAGUGAUUAGGGUUAAGAACUGUUUUAAAAACGGUUAGCUUUCAAUAAUGUAAUGAUCAACGCCAUGUAAAGUACGUUAAAAUUAACCGGUCUCGGCAGUUAUCCCUUGAUGUUGUAGUGGAUACGGAUAUUUAUUUUACAUCAAAUGACGCGGGUUCAAGUCUUACAUACUACCUAUUGUUUUCUUCUGUUUUCUUUCUUCUCUUAUUUACUACUUUAAGUUAUAAGACUCCUGUAAUGAAUUUCGAGCGAAGAUGACAAUCCGACUUUGGGGUAUCCAUUCUAGUCACAACCCUUAGAAGCGCCCACUCCUUCGGCCAUAUUAACAAAUAUAUAAACGCUUCUCCCCACCCCUCACUUUUUACAACGGAAGGACAUUACUUUUCUGAUGAUCAUAGCUAUUAAAGUUCGACUCCACCGGCUGUAAAUAUAAGAGAACAGCAUCUUCUUUGUUGACCAACUUCUAUUAUCUAUCUCCCUGCCCUUGCAAAGUUGUUUUUACUGUUAUGCAUUAAAUCGAGGCAAAAAAAGUGUCAGUUUGUUGAAGGAGAAACUUAAUAGGUUUUCCUUUUGAGGCCAAAUUUAAGAUAAGCACCCGCUCGCUUGCAUGUGGAAAUACGAUAUCUACUAUCUAGUUUGAUUAUGUGUCUGGCUUGAAAUAAAUCUUGAGACGAGUUUGUCUCUUGGAAACUGCGAAGCUGCAUAGGUAGUAAGGUAAAGCAAGUCAAACUUUAUUAUCAGUUGUUCCAGCUCUAGUCCUUAGUCCAAGAUACACUACAUGAAUUUACCGUAUUUUUACUUUGCAGGUCAGAUAGUGGUGUAGUUAACAUCUACGAUGAGCAGUACUUACAUCAAACUCAACCAAAACCUCUCAAGGCCGUAAUGAAUUUAACUACAAAUGUAAAUAAAGCGCUGUUUAAUUCCACAAGGUACGUGUCGUUUUUUAACAAACUUUUCGUUAAACUAGUAAAGAACGAUUUCCUCUCUGCCGGAGAGAAACUUAAAAACUGAUCUUUUUUCCUCCUGGAAGAUUAUUUUGCUGGCAGGUGAUCUUCUAUGUCUCUAUCGCAAAAGAUCAGCUUUUCUGUCGGGUUCGUGUUUUCUAUUCCUAGAGCCAAGAAAAAGUUAUCUUUUCAUGUAAAGUCUUCUACAACUGAAUCUUUAAGAUUCCUGUGUAAUUACCGACAUAAUAUUUCUGUUCCUCCUUUUGGCGCUCCUCACCUUGUUCAGUUCGUCUUGUCAUUUCUGACCAACCUUAAACAUUUUUAUUUGCAAUGAACUUUGAUUUUCGACGUUUACCUCCUCGAUGAGUUUAUUACUCUUAGGGCAAUCCGUGCCAAUAAAUAUGUUUAGAUAAAAGUUCGGUGCAAGAAAAGAACCGUUUUCGUGGGCUCUUGUGAUCAAAAGUACUUGCUCCCUUCCUUGCUUGGAAUUCUUUUGUAAAAAAGGCCGUUCAUGGUAGUGAUAAGGCAUUAUUAAAAAUUUUGUUUUGUUCUUUGUAGCGAAAUCUUGGCGAUUUCUUCAAAAGUAAAGAAAGAUUGCUUUAAAAUGGUAAGUAGACAGGUUUAGCACCAGUUUCGCGUAAAACAUUAAACAAACUGGAACAAAACCAACCUUCCUCAUUAGGUGUUGGGAAAACGAAGUGAGAACAAGUCCUUCAAUUUUUUUGACCAAAAAAGACAGAAUUUUCACUGAUGUAUUCUUACGCUCAUACCCAUUGUAUGCAGUGUUUGUGCAAAGGGUUCGUAAAGGUCAUGGAAAACCUGGAAUUCAUCGAAGUUAAGAAUUUCAUUUUCUAGGCCUGGAAAGUCAUGGAAUUUGAUUGUGGGUCCUUGAAAGUCAUGGAGAAUUAAAAAUUUGUUUGAUAGAUUAGUUACUGCAGGUGACAAGGCAAGGGCAAUUUAAGAUAAAGAGGAGUAAUUAAACAGCGCAAGUGAACGGCACGCAUUUUUGUGAACACCAGAGUUUGUGUCUGUUGAACUCUUUAAAAAAAAAAAUACCCUAAAACAAGGAAAGUUUUUAAAAUUUUUGAAAGUGACAGCUAAACCUAAGGUCUUCGAGAUCUUAAAAAGGUCAUGGAAAAAGUCAUGGACUUUAAAGAGCUUAAAAGAGUACGAACCCUGCAGUGCUUGAUUCACACAGUUGUUCUAAUGAUAAGGCCAAAAUGUUUUCUGUACUUUCAGGUUCAUUUACCGUCGCUCACUGUUUUUUCCAAUUGGCCGACUUCACGCACUCCUCUUAGAUACGUGCACACGUUCGAUUUUUCGCCAAACAGCGGUUAUCUUUCUAUUGGUAACGAUCGUGGGAAAGCGUUACUCUUUAGGUAA